UGACGCAGGCGCGCCUCUGCCCCGUCCAGGCCGCCGCCGCCGCUCUGAGGCGGAGUAGGAUGAGGCCCGCGGCCGCGGCUCCGGCGUCGGCGGGGGCAGCAGCAGCUGAGGCAGCAGCUGAGGCAGCCGCGACGGCCGCGCCCCCCGCUCCUGACCUGGAUUAGGCCCAGCAGCUCCGUGGCCGCCGCCGCCCCGCGGGGGGGCGGGGUGGGGAAGUGCUUCGUCUCCCCGCCCCCCCCCCCCCCCCAUCGCCGCCUCGUCGGAGGCAACUGCCGCGACCCUAGCGGCGUCCGCGGCCCAGCCUUGAGCCCCCACCCCCGGGGGCUGGCAUGAGCGGCUCUUCGGCGGCGCCCGGGGGCGGGGGAGCCGCCGUCGCCUGAGCCCCGGGCCUGCAGCCCGACCCCACCUCGCUGCCCGAGGCUGACCGCGGGGCGUGCGGACGACCCCGUCACUGCUUUCUUCCUCCCCUCAGAUCGCACAGCCCAACCCCGGAAGAUGGGGAACUGCCUCAAAUCCCCCACCUCGGAUGACAUCUCCCUGCUCCACGAGUCUCAGUCGGACCGGGCUAGCUUCGGCGAGGGGACGGAGCCGGAUCAGGAGCCGCCGCCGCCAUAUCAGGAACAAGUUCCAGUUCCGGUCUAUCAUCCAACACCUAGUCAGACUCGCCUAGCAACUCAGCUGACUGAAGAGGAACAAAUUAGGAUAGCUCAAAGAAUAGGCCUUAUACAACAUCUGCCUAAAGGAGUUUAUGACCCUGGAAGAGAUGGAUCAGAAAAAAAAAUCCGGGAGUGUGUGAUCUGUAUGAUGGACUUUGUUUAUGGGGACCCAAUUCGGUUUCUGCCGUGCAUGCACAUCUAUCAUCUGGACUGUAUAGAUGACUGGUUGAUGAGAUCCUUCACAUGCCCCUCCUGCAUGGAGCCAGUUGAUGCAGCACUGCUUUCGUCCUAUGAGACUAAUUGAGCCAGGGUCUCUCGUCUGACUUCAAGUGAACCAUCAUUUUUGGUGGUUUUGAUCUUUUGUCACUGAGCCCAAAGAGCCAGGGAUUAGGAAUUAAGAUCAUGCACAAAAGUUUCCUUAAAAUUCCUGAAUGGCUGCAGAUGUUGGGAGAAAAGUAUGUGAUAUUUUAGAAACUUAGGGGGAAAAGUAGGUUGGUAUUUUUAUGUAAAGCCUUGACCCAGUGUUUAAAAUAUAAUUGUAUUUAGAUCUUGUUAUUGUUCCAGUACAUAGGAAUUGUGUAAAAGUGUUACAGCAGCUGUAUAUGUUUAAAUUGUGUGUGUUGAAGAUUAGGAAAAAGAUAGUGGUUGUUUUUCCUAAGUGAAAUAACUUUCCCCCCUACCCCCCACCCAAAUUCUUUUCUGAAGUUGCUGGCAUUUGGGUCAAGGUUUUAUUAAAAGCUACAUUUUAUAACACUGGCACAAAAAAAGUAGUUUAAAGCUUGUUUGCACAGUUCUUUUUUUCCAUUGGAAAUGGAAUUCAUUGCCUUAGGUCUUUUUAAAUAGUGUAUUAUUAUCGUUGGGGCUGGCUCUAUGCUUGAAAACCAGUUUAUUUAUAACCUAUUAUAAGUGCUAUAUCUGUUUGCAGUUAGGAAAUGCAGAAUUCAAAUGAUCUCCUAGCUUGUAAGCAAACUGAGAUGCACUAUCCCUUUUCUAUUAAAAAAAAAAUUAGUUGAUGUGUCAAGAAACCAACUAUAGUAAAGUGGGAUUUAAAAUUACCCUUUCUAUAUGUUUUGUCUGAUUAUUUUGGUUGUUAAUAUGGUGAUAAUUAAGAGUCAAGAAAAUGUUAAAUAUUUUGAUUUACUGAGCUUGAAUUAUGCCACCAUGCUUAUGUAAAAAUGAAAAGUGGCACCAUGGUGAAACUGAAGUUUCUCACUUGUAACAGUUUUGAUUUAUUCUUUUCUGUGACCUCCUUCCCUGUUGUCUUGGACCAUAGCAAAAGGAUACUGCAUCUCUCAUUAUUGUAGUGCUGAGGUUAUUGAAGUUAUAUAGAAUACAUCUCAGUCUCUAUUUCUUGGAAGGGAAAAUCCUGCUAGCUGAUUGACCAGUCUAGCAGGGAGAAUUAAGAUAAAUGUAUUUCAUGUUUUGCACACAAAUACAGAAUUUGUAUAACCACAUGACUUCAUAGUUGUGAUCUCAGAAGGAAUUUUUCUUUUUCUUUUUUUCUUUCCUUUUUUUUUUGCUGUUAUAUAAGAACACUCUGAAUCUCUAAGCUUUUGAAGUAUUAGAGGUAGAGAUGAUCUAGUAAAAAUGUAGUUUUAAUGUUUUAUCCAUUUAGCAUGUGUUUUUUUCCCUUAUAUACUCAAAGAUGACUUAUUUGUUCAACUCUGAUAUUAGCUAAAAAAAAAAUCAUUCACUAGCAAAAGGAGAAUCAGUCUCAACCUAAUAAAUCAGAAGUGUUUAUUUUGUAAUGAGUUGAAUAUUUGACUCUAACACUUUUCUACAUACAAAAUGCAAGUAUCUUGAAGGUUCCUCAUAAUUGCAUUGUAGAAGAAUUUAGUAUAUCAUAAAUACUUCUUAUGGAUUUGACGUUUGACUGUAAUGUUCUUUUGUUGGUUAAUUUUCUAUGAGCCCCAUGAUAAAAACACUUAAAGAUGAAUUAGAGAAAAAAUCAAGACUAUCAAGUUCUGUUAAAUUGUUACAUGUAUCUUGCUUAAGUUUUUGUUCAUUAAUUUAUAUUCACCCAAUUACAUAAAACAAAUUUGGAGAAAACACCUGAAGUUGUGCAGUAUUUUUAGAAAUGUUACUUUUGUUUAAUCUUUGUGUUGCUGCUUACAAUAUCAUGUCAGUGUCAUCACUAUCAUAGACAUUUUAAAUUACAUUGUUAAAAGUUGUAAUGAACGUUACAAAAAAAUCAUCUCUCAUGUUGGACUUGGUGUAUUAGAAGACUACUCAACAGAAGUUUGACAGUAUAUUGAAGGAAUUAGUAUUGAGCUGAAUGCUUUUUUUUUUCCAAAGGUACUUUGUAUUCUUUCAUUUUGAUCGCCACAUAUUUGAUCGCCACAUAUUAUGUUAAGAAUCAUCAAUUUUUGACUUUCAUUAAAUUAAAUAAAGUUAUAAUACAGUU